GCCGCCGCGGAGGCGCUUCUGCCUCUUCGUGGCGGACCCGCAGGCGGAUGCUUGUGAAGAUCGUGUGGACAACGACGCUGACGACCCGUGCAAGGAGUUCCCAGAUCUUUGUCCCGAUGAAAGCGAUACGGGCGGAGAAGUACUGGAGAUGACGAGCGACCUUGCUGCUUGCUCCAAGUAUGUGAGCAACGGCCAGCUGGUUGACAUUCGGGAAGGCGACGCAGGCGCACUCACUGGCAUCCACCUGCUUCUCGCCCUCACGGCCGAGCAGGUUCAGCUGAACAGCAACCCGCACCUGCGAGAGUUCAUCACUCGGGCGACCAGCUGCAGCUUCCACGAAAACGUGCACGAGGUCGACGUCCCCGCGGGCGAGAGGAUUGUCACGGACUGGGUGCUAGACUCCAGCUGCAACAGCUUCUCGAUGCGCCGCGACCUCGCGCGGCUGAGUGGCGCGGCGCCCCCGACCUUCGCGGCCGCGCUCCGCGGGGCCGUCGCCUGGACCCUGCCGCCCGCCCCCGACGCGGUGCCCACGCCGGCGCCCACGCCCGCGGCGCCCCCGACGGCGGCGCCCGCGCCAGCGGCGCCCGCGCCGGCGCCGCGGCCUGAGCACCAGAACCGGGCCCUUGUCGCGGUCGGCGUCGUGGCAGUGGUGGCGCUGCUGACCCUCGGAGCCUUUUCCUGCUUCCAGAGGGCCAACGCAGCACGUGAGCCGCUCGCGCCGCAGCAGCAGCAGGCCGUGCAGCUGGCGGAGGCGGGGCGCCUGUAG